AUGUCUACUCCCGCCAAUCAGAGUCUUAUUCAGACGUACCAUCUUCCUCCCAACUUCUCCAUCGGGCCUGCACCACGCGGCCCUAUCCAGCUCGGCAGCAUCCUCACCAACCUCCGAGAUGUAGAGGUCCUCAACUCAGACUGCCGCAUACCUAUUGAUGAAGCAAAGGUCUUCUCUCAUGUUCAGCAGGGGUUUCAAGCAACGGCGUCCCAUAUGAGGAGAGGAGAGUUGGGCAUAUGGGCCAAAGCAGUCGGCUUCGAGGGUCUCGGUGGCGAGUUGAGCGGGUCACGGGAGACAAGCACAGAGUGCAAGUACAAAUUCCGCCGUCUGGACACUUUUUACUUCUCUCCCUCGCCAGCCUACCGUCGCGCCAGCAUGAAGGAGCUUGAUGUAGCAGAGUACGUUGAGGCUACGGGCUGGGAACCGGUAUAUCUUGUGACGGGGCUCAAGGUUGCUGUCCAGCCGUCUGUCCAGAUAAGCACUUCGAAAAGUUUUGCCGCUCUUGGGGAGGCAGGUGUCUCAGAAGUGACUGGGCUUCCAGUGAACGUCGGCCCUCGGGUUGGCUUCCAAAGCCAAGACCAAUCCUCCGAGGAUUGGACAACAUCUGACGACUUCAUCUACGGAAUCAGGGUUGAGAAGCUUGUCUUCAAACGUCGAUGGCUUUCACGUCAGCGCCGUGACAAAGGCCCCCUGCAGUCCAAACUCUUCACGAAGGGAGCCCAGUUGGUUGGGGAGGAAUCUGACUCUGACGAGUCGGAUGAAGACGAGAUUGACGAGUUGGGGCUUGGUGGAGAUUUGGAUGGCAUGGAAGUGGUGUCACAGAUGGAAACUGGGGAAGAGACUUUAUAUGCGGUCGGCUUCAGAGGCGCAACUCCAAAACCAUUUGAUGACAUUGUGGAGUGA